GGGGUGGGAGGGGGCGGUGUUCAGGCGCGCGACACUACGUUCUUUUGAGACUUUGCCGUCACAACUCUGCACGACUGCAUGGUCGUCCCUUCUUUUCGUUAUUAUAUAUUGGCCGUGAAUUCUGUGUCAGAGCCAGUUUCAGCCAAGCCAGCAGUAAAGGAGUCGGGGUCGAGGAGCGGAUCCCAGUCUUAAAAUGAGGGAUACACGGGACACCUGCACACAAACGUUGGAUUUUGUCCUGCAUCGUCCGAAAGGAAGCAGGCUAUGAGCCAAGGGGAAGGCAGAGGACAGAAAUGAAUGUGCUCCCAAGCUUUCCCGGUGGUGUAUGGCAUUCUCCAAACUCCUAUGCGAGGGCUGUUCCUGACCGAGAAGACCCAAGGAGACCGUCUCUGAAAUCAAGUCCAGAUGAAGUGAUGUCAACAGUUGAUUUGGCUACAAAUUUUGUUCAGCUGACGCUACUAGAAGAUCAAAUCAGCUUGCCUGGCUGAGACAGAUCUCCAGUGGAAUCUAUAUUUAUAUAUUAAAUUAUCCCAAUAGUCAUCUUCUGUACCCCCAAAUACCCCACCACAUUGCUUCAGUAUCACAACCUUUAAAAACUUCUCAUCUACUGACCCCCCAUUCCAGCAGCUCUUCCUUUGGGGGGUGGUGCCCUCGCCAUGAGCCAGAUCCAAGCACCUUCACCCUUCGUGGUCCCUGAACUGAGAGGAAGCAAGUGAGUAUGGUUUUUGCUCCCAGAAUGGAGAACAACAGCAAGCCACCCUUGGUUAUUCCCACACUGCUGGUGCCCCUGCAAAACCACAGCUGCACAGAGGUCGCCUCCUCCCUGCCACGCCGUGACCUGACGGAAUUCCAUGAGGUGCGUGGCUGGAUGAGCAACAGAACAGACGUGGAGCCGGGGCUGAAACCUGGCGAGGUGGCCACGGCCAGCAUUUUCUUUGGGGCCCUGUGGUUGUUUUCUGUCUUCGGCAAUUCCCUGGUUUGUCUGGUCAUCCACCGGAGCAGGAGGACUCAGUCCACCACCAACUACUUUGUGGUCUCCAUGGCAUGCGCAGACCUCCUCGUCAGCGUGGCCAGCACGCCUUUCGUCUUGCUGCAGUUUGCCACCGGCAGGUGGACGCUCGGCAGCGUCAUGUGCAAGGUCGUGCGGUAUUUCCAGUACCUCACCCCGGGCGUCCAGAUCUAUGUUCUCCUCUCCAUCUGCAUAGACCGGUUCUAUACCAUUGUCUACCCCCUGAGCUUCAAGGUGUCCAGAGAGAAGGCCAAGAAAAUGAUCGUGGCCUCGUGGGUCUUCGAUGCUGCCUUUGUGACCCCCGUGUUCUUUUUCUUUGGCUCGAGCUGGGACAAUCACUGCAACUAUUUCUUCCCUUCCUCCUGGGAAGGAACUGCCUAUAGCGUCAUCCAUUUCUUGGUGAGCUUUGUGAUCCCGUCUGUCCUCAUCAUCUUGUUUUACCAGAAGGUUGUGAAGUACAUUUGGAGAAUAGGCACUGAUGGCCGAACAGUGAGGAGGACCAUGAACAUUGUCCCAAGGACCAAAGUGAAAACGAUCAAGAUGUUCCUCAUUUUAAAUCUGUUGUUUUUGCUCUCCUGGUUGCCUUUCCAUGUGGCUCAGCUGUGGCACCCCCACGAACGAGACUUGAAGAAAAGUUCCCUUGUUUUCACAGCUAUCACGUGGAUAUCCUUUAGUUCUUCAGCCUCUAAACCUACGCUGUAUUCCAUCUAUAAUGCCAACUUUAGGAGAGGAAUGAAAGAGACUUUUUGCAUGUCUUCGAUGAAAUGUUACCGAAGCAAUGCCUAUACUAUCACAACCAGUUCAAGGAUGGCCAAAAAAAACUACGUUGGCAUUUCAGAAAUUCCUCCCACGGCCAAAACUAUAACCAAAGACUCGAUAUAUGAUUCAUUUGACAGAGAAGCCAAGGAAAAAAAGCUCGCUUGGCCCAUUAAUUCAAAUCCGCCAAAUACUUUUGUGUAAUUUCGCAGAAUUCUUUCAAUUAUUGUUAUGUGCCAGAGAUUAAAAAGCUUUAACUCUAAA